AAACUUGCCAGUUCGGGUGUUUGACAGUGUGUGCAGUACCAGCAGACGCAGCACAAGUGGAGAGUCAGGAUACUGUCUAGUCGGUGCCCAAUAUCCACGUUACGAUGGAUAUUAAUCACAUUGCGGACAAGGAACAUUACAGCAGUGGAUAUGAUAACGAUAUGUUCAGUCUACCACCAGACUUUCCGUUGGGUGGAGUUGUGCUGGACGUGGCAGAACGAGACCUGACUAGUAUUGUCACCCGGGUGGUGGACCACAUGAUCGCCAGCGACCAGAUCCCCGCCGACCAGCGGGACCAAGUUAUCAGAAUCCUUCUGAGAAAACGCAUUUCAUCUUUGGCAACUGACAAUUCCGAGGAAAGGCCCAACUCCAGUCGACGACGUUCGUCUGCGCGCAUUGUGUCAGUCAGCAAUCCUUUCCCUCUGAGCAACCCUUUCAAUCCAAACAGUACUGAUGAUCCAACCGUUGUUUCCAACGGCACCGUUCCCAAGGACACGAAAAAUUACACGCUCGAUCACUCGUUCACCCAGGUUGAUAUUGAUGACAACUUGUUCUUAGCAAAUAAAGACUCUGUUAUAAAGGCUACUCUAGAUGGGCAGGAGUUGACAGCGGUGAUGGCCGGUGGCGUGAGCUUCCUAAAGUCCCCGAUCCUCACCUUCGUCAGGCUGUCUGAAGGAGUUUUACUGGGAGACCUUACCGAGGUUUCCAUGCCUGUGAGGUUCAUAUUUGUCCUCCUUGGUCCGUUCCACGAGGAGAAGGACUACUAUGAGAUUGGUCGUUCUAUCUCCGCCCUGAUGGCCAAUCAAGCGUUCCGCGAGGUGGCUUACACAACACAGUACCGAGAUCAACUACUUUCUGCAGCUGAGGAGUUGUUGUCUCAUGCUACUUGGACAACACUCCUGGGUGAUACGGUUGUCACUCAUGACAAGGCAAGGAGAGAAAGCAUCUUGAUGAAAAAUGCUCAAUUAGCGGCGUCAGCUGGGGGAGGCGAUGGCGGCGAUCAGAAACCUCCGCCACGAGAUCCUCUCAUUCGCGUAGGAAAGCCUUUCUACGGUCUUAUUAUGGACAUUAAGAGCCGCUACGCCAUGUAUCCCUCGGAUAUUUUGGAUGGUUUGAAUUUACAAGUGGCCGCUGCAACCAUCUUUAUCUUCUUUGCCUGCCUCUCGCCGGCUAUUACAUUUGGUGGCAUGUACAGUGAUGUGAUGGAUAACUACAUCGGAGUCGGGGAAUGUCUUCUCAUGUCUUGUGUGAAUGGUGUCAUCUUUGCCCUGUUUGCCGCCCAGCCCCUGCUUAUUGUCGGCGCGACGGGUCCGCUUAUGGUCUUCGACAUAAGUCUGUAUCAAUUCACUCAGACAUAUGAGCUUGAUUUCCUGUCCAUGAGAGUGUGGAUUGGCAUGUGGAUGCUGGUCAUUGGCGUGCUAGUUGCUGCAUUUGAAGCUUCUGUCAUCAUGAGGAAGCUCACCAGGUUCACGGAAGAGAUCUUCGCCACAAUGAUAUGCGCGAUCUUCAUCUACGAGGCUGUUACGAAGAUGGUGAGCAUCUUCAUUGAUCAUCCAGUCAUGAUGGAGUACACAUGUGAAGAUGACGCUUUUCCAAUAGUGGAGGAAGACGUCUUAAUGAACAAGACUAAAAUGGCCGCCAACACUACUGCCGGAGACGUCCUGAUGGUGAAGAAAGGUUCUCCUCAGCCCAACACCGCCCUUCUCGCUCUCAUUCUCAUGUUGGGAACUUACAUCAUCGCUAUAAAGCUCAAGAACUUUCGAAACUCUAAAUUCUUAGGAAGAAGCGUCCGCAGAUCUCUGGGAGACUUUGGUGUUCCUAUCGGCAUUUUCCUCAUGGUGCUAAUGGACUACCUCAUCAGGGAUCAAAUCACCGACAAGCUGACAAUGCCUGAAGGCCUUCAGCCCUCCAACCCUGACAUCCGCGGCUGGAUAAUUAACCCGCUUGGGCAGGUGAAGCCGCUACCAGUGUGGUGCAUGUUUGCUGCGGGGCCCGCCGCCAUCCUCGUCUUCUUCCUUGUCUUCCUCGAAGGAAGCAUCUGCCAAUUGCUGUUAAGUAAGCCAGAACGGAAAUUGGUCAAAGGAACAGGCUUCCAUUUAGACGUGAUGCUGUCGUGUGUGAUCAACUUCGUAUCUGGCCUCCUGGGGGCUCCCUUCAUGGGCCCGGCGUGUAUCAGGACUGUGGCUCACACCGCCGCCCUCACCGUCACCACCCGGGCCCUCAACCCCGGAGAACCGCCUAAGAUUGAAUAUGUCAGAGAGCAGCGACUGAGCAGUCUUGUGCUGUCAAUAUUCAUCGGCCUUGGCACUCUACUCUCAAGCGCUCUAAACCUGGUGCCAAAGCCAGUGUUGCUUGGCAUCUUCCUCUACAUGGGUACUGCCUCCACUGCUGGCAUCCAGUUCCUCGAGCGGAUAGUUCUCCUGUUUAUGCCGGUCAAGUACCACCCCGAUGCACCUUACGUUAAGAAGGUUCGCACAAUGAAGAUGCAUUUCUUCACGGUGGUCCAGUUGAUGGCGCUGGGGAUGUUGUUUGGCGUGAAGCAGUCGCCAGCCGCCCUGGUUCUGCCCUUCGUUCUCAUCCUCCUCGUCCCUCUCAGGCUUUUCCUUCUACCCUUAAUAUUCACCAAAGCAGAGCUCAGUGCUCUUGAUGGUGUAGAAGCCGUCAACACUGACGAUACUGAUGAGCCAGAUUUCUACGAGGCUUCACAUGCGCUCCCCACCGAAGCCGACCACCAUCACCAGAACUGAGCCAACACCUGUGAAACACAUGUAAAGCACCCUUGAAACACAUGUAAUGCACCUGUGAAACUCAUGUAUAGCACCCUGUGAAACUCAUGUAAAGCACCUGUGAAACACAUGUAAAGCGCCUGUGAAACACAUGUAAAGCACCUGUGAAACACAUGUAAAGCACCUGUGAAACACAUGUAAAGCACCUGUGAAACACAUGUAAAGCACCUGUGAAACACAUGUAAAGCACCUGUGAAACACAUGUAAAGCACCUGUGAAACACAUGUAAAGCACCUGAGGAAAAUAUGAGAAACAUUACACUUCCCACUCACCAUACACUUCUUUUCUCUCACUCUUUCAAUGUACAUAGUUCCCUUGCCGAACUUUUCAUUUAUAUUGUUGUCCAUAUUUCAGAAUAAAAUUCCAAUUGUAUAUGAGGAGUUUAGAGUAAUUUGUUUUUAUUCUAUUGUUAGCCGAAACAUGGUUGUAUUUAAAUAUGUAUGUGUACAGACUUGAGCAAUCCUUCAAAUGUUUUGAUAGGAAACCAGUCUCGGAUCUUAAUCACGAAUCAACACAUUCAUUAAGACACAAUUUUUGAGUUCUUCAGGGUUUAUGAUGGUAUGUUAUUUAAUUGCUGUAGUUUAAGAGCAGGUGGUAGGCCUAGAGCGGCUCUAACUUUUUUUAUCAAAUUGGCAUAGUCUAGGAGAACGUGGUAGGCCUAGUGUAGAAUUAACGUAUUUUAUUAAAGUGUCAUAGCCUAAGAGUAAGUUGUAGGCCUAGUGCAACACUAACGUUAAGUAAGUAACGAAGAUAUUUCAAUAUGUUAAACAUUAUAUUUAUUUUAAUAACGUUAUUUGUUGUUACUAAUCUAGUUAUGCGCUGUGUAAAUUUUGUUGAUCAAUGCUGAUGUGAGGAGAAUAACAAAAAUUAGUAUAAUUAAAAUGUGCAUGCAAUUUACUGCACAUAUCUGGCAAGAAAAUAUAAUUAGAAAUAACUUAAAAUAAGCAGGCGAUGAGUCACAAUAACGUGGCUGAAGUAUGUUGACCAGACCACACACUAGAAAUGGAAGGGACGACGACGUUUCGGUCCGUCCUGGA